AAUGCGAGUGCGAGCGUACACGUUCCUGAAAGUUGAACGGCCAAUAGGAAAUCCAAAUGGGAGGUUUCACAACGCUGUGGUGCAUCCAACGUGGGUACUGGGGCAAUCGCUUUGGAGAAAAAAAAAAGAAAAGACGAGACCUAUAGUGGAUACGAUCUGCAGUAGGAGGGGGAAAGCUGAAUUUGGUAAUAAUUGGACUGCUGAGAUUUUCUGGGGGAUAAGGCGCAUCUGCUGAAAAGCACUGUAAGAAAGUUACAGAGUGAGGAUGAGCUACUGAGGUGAUUUGCUUGGUGAAAGUUGCUGGAAGCGGCGGUGGUGUGGUAACAGCCAGUGUUGCACACUUCGUGUAAGAGACACGUACUAUGGUGUUCUUCUGUUUUGCAGCAGCUGAGAAAUCCUCCCCAGAGCAGUUUCGCUGCCCCCAAACUCUCACACUCGUGGAACUACGCAACUUCAAGUGGGUCAGAGAAGAGAAGUACUCCCCUAAGUCCAAAGGAAAAUCUAAUGAAAGUUCCUCAGUGACAGGCUGCGGAGUAUAACUGAUUCUUGUCUAUACCGCUGCUGCUCCAUAAUUAUGAUUUAGGAGGUAAAAUAUUAGUAAAUUAGCGAACAUCUCUUGGAUCCGUCAGUCCGAGCUCACGCGUUGAAGGAGAAGACUUCAGAUUCGAAGAUCCAGUUUACCAAGCGGCGAGCUUUGAGGACACUUCUUUUUAAGCCUUUUAAGGACAACUGCUUGCAACUUUGCAUUUAGUUUUGGCUGCUGGACAAGUUUCUUAUAUCGUUUUGUUUAAUGGUGAUUCACCUUUGAUACAGUAACACAGGGCACCGGUGGACAAAAAAAAAAACUCGACAAGGGGACUUCAAGGUUUUUUUUUAAGAAAGUAACUUUACCCUUAUUGGGGUACAUGCUGUGGCAGUCUUCCGUUUUCAAAAUGUAAAUGCAAUUGUCGAUCCUUCCAACAAGAUUUUACGGGCAAUAACAUAUAAACCAAGUACAUUAUUGAUUCAGCGAUAUCAGAUCGGCAAUCUGCGGUGCUUUCUGGAGUAAUCAGCCGCCGUGCUAUUAAAAACUGGAUACAAAAUGGCGGCCACGUUGGGACAAAUCGGAUUGCUACCUUAUUAUUUUUUGCAAUUAAUUUUUCUUCUGAAACUCCCUGUCCACUUUGGGCUCAGUACUGAUUUGCCCUGUGCUUUGAAUUGUACAUGCACCAAUGACCUGGUAGACUGCAGCAAUCUUGGUUUGACGGAUAUCCCGCAAGAUCUGCCUGUCCAUACAGUCUAUCUAAACCUGAGCCACAACAAGCUGACAGCGAUCGAUCAGGCUGCCCUCUCCCGGCUCCCCAACCUCCAAGAAGUACAUUUAGAGCACAACAAGCUAACAGCCAUUCCAUCAUUUGGAACUGCCUCUUCUAAGAUCGUUUCCCUGUAUCUGCACCACAACAAGAUCAGGAACAUUGAAGCUGAUCAGCUGAAGGUCUUCACGUCCUUGGAAACACUGGACUUGAACAAUAACAACAUCACUGAAAUAAGGAACAACUGCUUGCCUUCUGGACUGCAAAUUAAAAAUCUGUACCUUGGCAGCAACAGAAUUAGUACUCUUGAAGGUAAAGCCUUUGAUAAUCUGUCACAGUCUUUGCAAGUCCUUCGUUUAAGCAAAAAUUGGAUUGAAAAACUCCCCGUCAAAGGAUUCCAGCUACCCCAGUUAACACAACUCGAGCUGAAUCGGAAUAAGCUACGUCUAAUCGAGGGCCUGACUUUUCAAGGCCUGGACAGUCUGGAAGUGCUGAAAUUGCAGCGAAACAACAUCAGCAAGCUCACUGAUGGUGCCUUCUGGGGGCUUGGAAAGAUGAAAGUGCUCCACCUGGAUUACAACAGCCUGACAGAGGUGAACAGCGGCUCUCUGUACGGACUCUUCAAUCUACUUCAUCUCUACCUGAAUAACAACUCCAUAUCCCACAUCAACCCAGACGGAUGGGGGUUUUGCAAAAAACUCAAGGAGUUAGUUUUGUCCUAUAACAGCCUCACACGUCUGGAUGAGGGCAGCCUGGCAGUCCUGGGUGACCUGCAAAUUCUUCGCCUGAGUCGCAACUCGAUCAGCCACAUUGCAGAAGGGGCCUUUCGGGGCCUGAGGACGCUGCGUCUCCUGGAGCUGGACCAUAAUGAUAUCUCGGGGACAAUAGAAGAUACUAAUGGGGCCUUCACAGGACUGGACAGUUUGAGCAAGCUAACUCUGUUUGGAAACAAGAUCAAAUCGGUGGCCAGGAAAGCAUUCUCCGGCCUAGAGGCCCUCGAGCACCUAAAUCUGGGGAACAAUGCAAUUCGGUCAGUCCAGCCUGAGGCUUUUUCAAAAAUGAAGAAACUCCGGGAGUUACACAUAAACAGCAACAGUUUCCUGUGCGACUGUAACCUCAAGUGGUUCCCUGAGUGGCUCGUUGAGAAACGUUUGCAGUCGACUGUAAUGGCCGUCUGUGCGCACCCCGAGUCUCUGAAAGGCACAAGUGUUUUCCAAGCUCCAGGUCCCAGCUUUGUGUGUGAUGAUGUGUCCAAGCCUCAGAUCACUGUGCACCCCGAGACGACCAUGGCGGUGCUGGGGAAGGACAUCCGCUUCACCUGCACGGCCGCCAGCAGCAGCAACUCGCCCAUCACCUUUGCCUGGCGCAAGGACCAGGAGGUCCUGGAGGACGCCGAAAUGGAGAACUUCGCGCACAUGCGCGCCAAGGACGGGGAGGUGAUGGAGUACACCACCAUCCUGCACCUGCGGCGCGUCACAUUCGCUCACGAGGGCCGCUACCAGUGCAUCAUCACCAACCACUUUGGCUCCACCUACUCCGGCAAGGCGCGGCUCACUGUCAACGUCCUGCCCUCCUUCACCAAGACGCCGAGUGACCUCACCAUUCGCACGGGCACCACCGCCCGGCUGGAGUGUGCUGCUGAGGGGCACCCCACGCCCCAGAUUGCCUGGCACAAGGAUGGGGGCACCGACUUCCCUGCGGCACGGGAACGCCGCAUGCAUAUAAUGCCCAAUGAUGUGGUGUUCUUCAUCACAAAUGUGAAGAUCGAGGACAUGGGGGUUUAUAGCUGUACAGCCGAGAACACCGCGGGCACCAUCGCUGCUAAUGCUACACUAACAGUGCUGGAGACCCCGUACCUGAAGGAGGCCCUGGAGGACCAGAGUGUUCUAGUGGGGGACACGGUGGCACUGCAGUGCAAGGCCUCCGGCAGCCCCCCGCCGCGCAUCACCUGGCUCAAAGGGGACGAGCCGCUGAAGCUGAGCGAGCGGCACCACUUCACCCCGGGCAACCAGCUCUUGAUCAUCCGCAACGUGGAGCCGGAGGACGAAGGGAGGUACACCUGCCUGAUGUCCAACACCCUGGGGGCCGAGCGGGCCCACUGCCAGCUCAGCGUGCAGCGCUCCAGCGGCUGCGCGGUGGAUCCAACCCGGAGGGACAGCACCAUGACGGUGGGCAUCAUCAUCAUUGCUGUGGUGUGCAGCAUCGUCAUCACUUCGCUGGUCUGGGUCUGCAUCAUCUACCAGACCCGCAAGAAGAGCGAGGAAUGCAGCGUGACCAACACAGACGAGACCAUCAUCCCCGCUGAUGUCCCCAGCUACCUCUCCUCCCAGGGAACGUUGUCAGAUCGGCAGGAAGUCUGCAUCAGAGUGGAAGCCAACAACGGCCCACAGCCAAAUGGCCAUAUUGAAAGCAAUGGAAUAUGCCGGAUUGAUACAAGGGGAAGCCAAGAUCUGGAAAACCAUGUCGACUUCAGGCCUGCAAAACUCUGCAUCAGUGGCCCAGAAGGAUGUAAUGGAGAAGAUGAAUGUGAAGUGAUGAUGGAUCCAGAAAAAAAUGGGUAUGGUGUACCUAUAGUCUGCACUGAUUGCUUGGAAAAUGCCAACAACUCAAGAGACCAAGAGCAAGUCUUCCAAGGGUUCCGAACUUUAGGAAAUGCUCAGCACACACCUCGAAGCACAGAGCGCGGUAGACUUGAUGUGGACAAUUUAGGAUCUUCGGAUACUCAGCACUGUAACGGGACUGUGAAUACUGUGAAGAGAGACGGCCAAGCACCAGUUUAUCCCAGCAACCAUGACAGGAUAGCUUCGUCGGAAAGGCACUAUGAUAAACAAGGUUCUUCCUCAAAGGAUGCAGGAACUUCACUACCACUUGGUACUGUGUGUCCUCUGUCUUCAGAAGGGUCUUUUCACAAGCCAAUUAAAUUAGUUGCUCUUCCCCAGACCUCAAUGGAAAAUGACUGCGGGGCUGAAGUCAGACAGACUCUGCUUCCAAAUGGACACCUACCCAGGACACGUGACGCUGUCAGUGAGAAUACCCCAUUGAGAAGAGCUAGUGAUUAACGAGUGGCCAAGAAACCUCCUGUUCUUCUUUGCACUGAAAACGUUUUUUUUCCCAACACUACCUCAGCUUUGAAACAAGAAGCUCUCCAGCGAAAAAGGGCAGCGGAAGUUUGAGGUGGCAGCUUGUAUAGGGUGAAACCUGUCUGAGCGUU